GUUGGCCUCGGUCAUCAACCCUAUGGACGGAGACCUAUUGAUGACUGAGUUCACUGAUGAGAGAGCAAAGUCAAGGACGCUAUAAAACGUCAGCCGGGAGGAAGAAGAUGAUGGAGACCGUUUGGAAAACGCACUCGAACCCAGUUAAGGAAAUAUCAGACAAUCAGAUGCCUCGAGCUCAGGUGCAGCGCAUGAGGGUUAAUGAUGAUGUCAGCAAGAAGACGCGAGAGACGUCAUCGAGAGGCAGCAGCUUGAUGGGGUUCCGUGGCAGGCCCUCCAAGGCCACACGUUCAUGCAUGGAGCCAUUGACUUUUCAAUGGUGCGAUGGCAAAGAAGUGGUGUAUGUGGAGGAUGAUGAAGUCGAGGAUGAGGAUCAACCAGAAGAACUGCAAAGGGGUGCUCAGAUAAUGGGUGAUGUUCAAGGACAACGAUCUGGGGGCAGCAACCGGUUGCCGUCACUCAGCAGCAGACGUGCGCAUUCAGGAGCAGGAGUGAUCCAAAAAGGAAUCCCGACCCCCGGUUCGAGUCGCCAAGGGCUAAUCAAUGGGGAUGAGGGAUUGAGGAAUGGCUGUGGACCGGCGUUGACGAAGGGAAAACAGAUGAUGACGACUGUUUCAAACACAGGGCAUCUUGAUGAAGAACAGUUCACAGAUGGCAGGGGAAGGAGUGUUUCAAACACAGGGCAUCUGGAUGAAGAACAGCUCACAGAUGGCAGGGGAAGGGGCAACAGUAGGAGGCAAAGAACGAAGAAUAGAGAAAAUGUCCAUGUAAGCCGCAGAGAGGUUUAUGGGGCCCAUAACUGUGUCAGUGCGCAGCACCAGAAGAGUCGGAAGGUCAACAAAUAUCAGAGCCACGAGAUCAGCUCAGAUGAUGCUGACGAUCCGAAAGGAUUCGGUGCACGGAAGAAUAUUCAGCAGACAGGAGAACAGAAGUUUAGGUUUGAGGAGGAGGAUGGAGAGCGCGACGAGGAAGAAGAGGAAUAUGUGUAUGAAGAGGAAGGAGAAGAGCGAGAAGAUAAUGAAAUAGACAUUUUCGGGCAUGAGAAGAAAUUCAAGGUGAAAUUUCAAAGAUUAAAAUUUGGAGGUGAACAACCACGGCAACAACGUUCACCGCUACAUCAGGGUGAAAUGUGCGAGGAGUAUGGACCGUAUCCAGUCGCCAAAGUACAAGGCAGCAGCCAUAGAGAGCCUUAUGGAACAGGGAGGGAGAGAAAAGACGAAGGGAUCAUGCCAAGACAGGAUAGAAUGCACAAUGGGUGGCCAUCAUAUAGCGAUGAUAGCCUGGGUGCAGCACAGGACGUAACCCAACACAAUCAUCGAGUAACAACGCAGGUUGGUAUUGCAGGAAAGGGGAAUGCGUCGACAGCACGCGCGGUGGGUAGGGGCAACAAUCGAUUGAAAAGGACCAGGCAAGCGCGAUUUGACGACCAUGUCCAACGCUAUGGCAGCGGCCGGUUAGGAAGGGACAACCUGGUCGACAGGGGUCUUGACACACUCGACGGUCCAACCAAUGGCGAACAGGGACACGAGGCACUGGAGAGAGUCGAAGAGGAGAAGCUACAAAGGAAGCGUAAUGGCAAAGCUGAGGUUCUGGAUAUCAAGCGCACUCCUGAGCCUGUGGAAGAAAAUGUACUGGCGGAAGCAGUGAAAGAAGGUGAUAAGGUGUCUGAUGGGCAGUAUGGAGGCCCACCAGCCAAGUCAAGGGCUCGCACUCCUGAUCAGGAAAGCGGCGGGAGGCCAGUAGGCGCUGCAGGUGAGCACGCCUGCUCGAGUUCAAGCCGACAGCUGGAAAGCAAACAGAGUCAAGGUGCAGAGCAUGCGAAUGGUAAGUCAACUCAUUUUGCUAAUGAACUAACGGAUGACGCUGUGGUGGGGGACGAAAGCGCAAGGAAGAUGGAUAUUUUGUCCAGCACAUCCAAGUCCAUGGAGCCUGCGGCCUUGGCAACGAGGAGCAAGAAUGCGGGCCAUCGAACAGAACGUCAGGUGGGACUGGCGAAAGGAAUCAACGAGGACAAGCAUCCAGAAGCAGAUGAUCCGCAGCAGGUAGCCACAAGUUGCGAGGGAGCCAGAACUGCUGACCCGAUGAGGAAUGAAGAAGAAAUGGGUGGUGGUAUGCCGAGCUCACGGGACAGCUUGGUGGAGAAUGGAGGAAGGGCAGGAGAGACUGCAAACUGUAGCAGCAACGAAAUGGGGGAAACCAUACCACACGAUGAUGUUGAUGGCCUUGAGAAUGACAGACAGGCAGGCGAGGCACGUGCACGGAUGACAGGCGAAGGGAGAGAAGACGAGGGAACAGAAGAACAGCCAGGAAACUCCAUCACGACAAAAUCUUCUAAACGGCUUCUCACAUCACCCUCUGGUACGACAAGGAACCCUUCACGAAAGACUCAUUCGGUGAUGGAAUGGGACGAAGGGUUCGGAAACCCCGGGCCUCUCAAGAGGUCGAAAACUAUAAUGCUAAGUAGAACACCGGAGAAGACAUUGCAGCCUCGGGGACAAACCCUCCAGCAUACAUCAGACCAGGGAGCAUUGCAUCCCGGGAAACUCGUGCGGAGUCGUUUGUUCCAUCCACAGGAGGACAACGAGACAGGAGCACUGUGCGCAGACAACAUGCAAGAGAUGAACCCUCUUUACGUUUGGACUUCCGGUUCUCCCGGUCAAAUGGAGGGUAGGCAUCCUUCAUCAGGGUCGGGGUCGCCCCGGACGAAAGCAGAUGCAGCGAGAACGGUGAUGAAGGAGGGGGGUCCACCUACCAUGUCCACGCUGAAGUCUUUCCAUGCAGCCACUGCAUCCGCACAAGUGAGCGGUCUCACUGUCUCUGAAGAUUAUGGCGGCGCUAAUGAUGCUGCACGGCGGUAUUCGGAACCAGGGAAGGGUGGCGCGAAGGGUUUGGCCGGCGAUUCAGAACAAUCGACACUUUUUGAGUAUCAGAGGGAGAGGCAGGUUCUUGAAGUUGAGACACAGAAAGUCGUCAAGCGGGUCCAUGAAGAGCUGCAGAGGAAAUUGGCUGCGCACGAGGAAUGGUGUAAAAGGCUCAAAGAUGGCAUCGGAAAACAGUUUGAUCGGGUCGAAGGGAGGAUCCGCAAAUUGGAAGAGAAUUUUGACGGGGCACAGCACGAGGCCCGAAGCAAAAGACAAAGAUUGGUAAUGAUCGCAGACGAGAGAUUGAAGAUGAUCAGGGACUGGGGCGAAGUGGAAAGGAAGUCUAUCAAGGACUGUAUUGCUGACUAUAUAGAGAAAGCUCGAAAAGACCUGAACGGAACAGGAGAAGUCCUGAAAUCUGAGUUGGUAGGCGUGAAGAUUGCACUUGAUGGAGCACUGGGCCCUCUUGUGAAUCUGGUUAAGGAAGUGCCAGCCACCGGGCCCAUCAACAAGCCCCGCGUUGCGCAACAGUCUGCUGAUGGCAGAGGAGCUAGUCAGGAAGCUGGCACUCACGGUGCUCGUAACGGCGGCAACACCGCUGAAGCUUGCAAGGCACCGCAUCUACAAGCUGGCGAGGAGGAGGAUGAAGCGCUCAACACACAGCUGGUUGUUGAGGAGGGCGGUGUUGCGAAGACACAGCAGCAGGUUGUCGAGGAGGGUGAUGUUGCGAAGACACAGCAGAAGGUUGUCGAGGAGGGCGGUGUUGGGAAGACACAGCAGCAGGUUGUCGAGGAGGGCGGUGUUGCAAAGUCCCAGCAUGUCGAGGAGGGUGGUGUUGCGAAGACAGAGCAGGAGGGCACACAUGUUAAGGCUCAGGUGGCCCAUGCGGGUGAGGUCGCAGAGCUCCGUCUUUCCCCAGAGGGUGGGGAUGUCAUGACAAAGGUAGUUACUGAGGACGGUGGCAGUGUAGAGACCAUGUUGACAAGUGCCACAUGCUGAGUAGAUGAGCAGCGGAAUGUGUGAGAAUGGGAACCUCCUCUUACCAGGGAAAGAGAAAACCUUCAGCGACACUGGCUCAGAAAUUGAGGGGGGGAGGGUCUGUGACAUGCACUUUCUACAGCGACUCAGGAGGAGGGAGAGAGGGGGCAUGCACUCACACUCUGACGAGUAGAUGAGCAGCGGAGUGUGUGAGAAUGGGCACCUCCUCUUGCCAGGGAAAGAGAAAACCUUCAGCGACACAGGCUCGGAAAUCGACGGGGGGGGGGGGGGGGGGGUUUGUCUGCGAGAUGCACUACAGCGACGGAGGAGGAGAGAGAGGGGGGGCAUGCUCUCACACUCUGGUUUUCUAACACUGUCAUCAACUGGAUGAUGAGCAGAGGCUCUCUGAAGAGUGCCUGCAGAAAAAAAUCAAAUGUCCGGGUCGUC